UCGUCUAGGAAGUUAACCAAGCUUGUGUUAAAAACAAGGGUUUGUUUUACAAUAAAUUUAAAGCGUAAUCCGUGUCACUCCUUACAGACAGAACACUGGCACAACAAAGGCUCGCUGUUGGAGAUCGAAAUGCUUGAUCGUCUACUGGUAGCGUCUGAAUGUGCUCAGACACCAAGUAUUAGCUUAGCAUAGCUAACUGGUGUAGCUAAUUAGCCUUGUUCCUAACUGCAGGCUUCUUGCUUUCCAGUGACAAUUAACGCAGCAUGUAAUAAGUACGUUAUAAUAAGAUAAUGUAAAGGGACAGAAAUUAAAUAGCGUGAUUUAAUUCAGACAUUAAAUACCGUCAUAAAGACCUACAACGACUUAUACGAGUGCUAACUAAUCGGCUAGUCAGGCUAGUCACCUUGUGUACUAGUUUACUGACGUCUGUCUUGUGUUUCUGCCUUUAAACUGUGUGUAUAGUAACAAUUUAGUAUAAACGAAGACUUUACAUAUUAUUUAUCACUAAAGAAGGAUUAUUUUAUCGUUAGUUAUAUCAGAUAACGGUGUUAGCCAGCGAGCUUGUGUUCAGGUGGCCAAGACAAUAUUAGUGGGCGUUACACACGUCCCUUUAUUUACUCCAAUUUAUACUCAAAAUAAACAUUUUGUUGGCUGAAGUCGUUAGUGGGUUAAAUCCGACCUUCUCCGUUCACCAACUCUGAACUCACUGGUCACAAUCGCAUACAAUGAAAAACUGUGAAUACCAACAAAUUGACCCCAGAGCACUGGGAACCCCGGGAUCCACACCAGCUUCCACUCUGCCACUUCCAAUAAAAGAGCUUCCUCAGCCGAAGAGAAAAUGGGAAGUGUUUCCUGGGAAAAACCGCUUCUACUGUAACGGACGCAUCGUCGUGGCCCGUCAGUGUGGUGUGCUGCCGUUGACCCUCAGCCUUAUUGUCCUCACCUCCACCUUAUUCUUCAUAUUUGAUUGUCCUUUUCUGGUGGCUCACCUCACCAUUUGCAUCCCAGUGAUUGCUGGAGUGCUUUUUCUCUUUGUGAUCAUCACCCUUCUUCGCACCAGUUUUACAGAUCCAGGGAUCUUACCCAGGGCUUUACCAGAGGAGGCUGCUGACAUUGAGCGCCAAAUAGAUAAUUGUGGGUCAGCUACAUACCGCCCCCCGCCUCGGACUAAAGAGAUCCUUAUUAACGGACAGCUGGUCAAACUCAAAUACUGUUUCACCUGCAAGAUGUUCCGUCCACCUCGUACUUCACACUGUAGUCUGUGUGACAACUGUGUAGAGCGCUUUGAUCACCACUGCCCAUGGGUGGGGAAUUGUGUUGGCAAGCGCAACUACCGCUUUUUCUAUACUUUCAUAGUUUCGUUGUCUUUUCUUACCUCCUUCAUCUUUGGAUGUGUGAUCACGCACCUCACUUUACGAUCACAGGGUGGAAAAGGCUUCGUACAAGCCUUACAGGAGAGUCCAGCCAGUGUUGUGGAACUGGUUGUUUGUUUCUUCUCCAUCUGGUCUAUCCUGGGACUGUCUGGUUUCCAUACCUACUUGGUGGCUUCGAACCUCACAACAAAUGAAGAUAUUAAGGGUUCUUGGUCAAGUAAAAGAGGUGUGGAAGAAUCUGGGAACCCUUACAGCUUUAACAGCAUCUUUACUAACUGCUGUGUUGUGCUGUGUGGUCCAAUGCCUCCCAGCUUGAUUGACAGAAGAGGGUUUUUACCUCCAGAUGUCAUCCCUCAAACAGUGACAUCUGAAACUGAGCUUCAUCCUUUUAUAACAAAGAAGGACACCAACAUGGAAGGGAACUGUCAGGAAUUUGCCAUCUCAUGCACUGCCUGAUGCCUGGCAGAACUGAGUCUGGAUGUGCACACAGUGUGCCAAGGAGCUAUUGGAGUCAGUUUCUCACUCCUCAAUGAUCCAGAGCAGCUGCAGUUCAGCUACAACCAAGACCACACCAGUGACCCAGGAGAAUCUGCUAAUUACUGUCUCAAACUCUCUCAAGUCUCCAUCUGGUAGGCCUUCUACCAGCUGCUGUGGAAGACAGAAGCACCAUCCGAAGGACGACGAGAGCUGCCCUCAGCAAAUGAGUGAAAAAUUCACAUUGGAUGCUCAGAUACUUAGCUUCCAUCAUUCACUCUAUUCUGGUAGCCAUGGUUCUGUCAUUUUCAGUGAUCCCUCUGACAUGGGAUUGCUCCCACUGACCUGAGGGCACAUGAACCAGCCCCAGUAUACAAGGAUAGCACCUGACCCCCAUUCACUAACUGAGAAAACGUGACAGAUGGCAUUUCACUCAGGAAGUUCUCAGGAGUCAUACUGUCUCUUAACAGUGGACAAAACACCCAUUAGACCCAAGAUUUGUUUGACAAAUCUUUUAAACAGAAGAUUGAUUUAGGAUUAAUUAUUGUUCUCUGUUCCGUCUGCUGAGUGGGAAUAUUGGGAAGCCCAAUACACGUUUGACACGAAAGGGAUAUUUCCUGAUCUAUCCACACUGUGCACAGCUGUGUUUGGUGUUCCACUAAGCUUCGAGUUAUAUUUAAGAAUUACCCACUGACUUCCAUUCAUAGCAGUAACUUUUGUUUAAAGUUCAGAGUUGUGUAUGGGACAUCUCCUGAAAUGUGCAACCCAAACAGACCUCAAAUAUCUAACCAUUAUGAGCUAUGAUUUUAGAAGUGGAUGGGGAAUAAAUCCAGUUUAUUAUGUAAACCAGUUCCUCCCGGAUUAAGAUUUUUUUGGGGGUUUGUUGCAGGCAAAAAUACUUUAUUUUUGUUGUUGACAAAUUUAGAUUUUUCUUUUGAACUACUUUAAGUGAAGACACUUCAUUUCUAUGAGCUGUACUCAUGUUUGAUGCACACAUCUAAGAGGCUUCGGCCGAAUCUGCAUUGUGCUGAAGUCACAAAUACUGUGAUCAAAAAAUCACAAAAUCCCAGAGGAACCGGUAGAUGAUUACUUCAUGAGUAAAUGAGUGUUUAUGUAUCAUGAAAGGGGUAAAUGUUACUUAUUGGUGUGUUGAUGGUAAAUUAUGGAUCAGUUAUUUCAGAACUGACUAGGAAGUGGAAUUCAAACCUUUAUCCUCAACACAGGAAUAGUUAUACAAACAAACUGAAGAGUUGUACCUUUAUUUUGAAGGAUAUAUUAAUGAAGCAAAACUUUACAGCAUGUGGUUGGCUUAAAGCAGCAGGCUGAGGAUGUGACAUUUACUUUGCAAACAGUGUUCCUGGUCCUAGUCUUAAUAUUUAAAAAAAAAAAAAAGUAGAGUAGACUAUAUACACGGAUGUAGUGAAACUGUCCUCGAAAAACAUGGACUUAAGUUAAAAGCACAGCAAAAGUUUAACUGGGUGUGUGUUUGUGUUACUGUACUGUUCAUUCAAUCUGUAAACAAAAUAGUUCAUUAUAUGUAUCUGUUCUUUGAACACAUGCAGACAGGUUUGAGCCCCAUUAUCCACAGAUUUUCUUUGGUGGAUGACGAGUUACUUUUUAAUAUUGUUUAGUAAUGUUGGCUAGUAGACUUUUUACUACACUAGAAGUGUUAAAUUCAAAGAUAGGUUAAUAAGAAGAAUGCAAAUUAUGUGUUGAUUUAACAAAAGACAGACAUAAUGUAGAGUAUAAUUUUUUUUAAAACAACUUUGGAAUUCAGCCAACUGAGAGAAUUACUGCAGGAGAUACUAUGAAAAAGUAUUGGAACUGGCAGCUAGGUGGUUUAAAUAAUUUUACACAGAAGUAAAACCUGUCUAAAUGUGUUGUGUUUGAGCAUGUUGUUUGCGCAUCACGCAACAAUCGCAUUACUCCGUCUUGAGAAGCUAACAGCGUGUCCUAUCAUAUUUGUAGUCUGGUUGCUUUUAUUUAUUUAUUUAUUUAUUUUUACAUUCCUAUUGUUAUUUUAUAGAUGCAAAGAAAUGGUAUUAAGCAACGAUGAAAUAAAAAUAUACAUAAAAUAAUAAACAGUAAUAACGUAAGCUUCAUUUGUUACAACCCUUUACUUGUAAUGUUUUCUAAGAAAUUUGAUGUUUCGUUUGAAGUUCCAGAGAACUGAUUGUUAACACUAGAUGGCACAUUUAUCCUUCACUUUAAACAAAUACUCUGACUAGUCUGUCCUUUCCAGAGAAGUGUGUCUUAAUCUCAGUGCUAAUGUGCUCCUGUCCUGCACUGCUGAGGGAUUUUAAUGCUCCAUUGAACAUAGUUCAUCUCAUUAAGACUUUGCUGAAGUGAUGAGUGAAAGAGCAACAAAAACAGGCUGUUCUGCUUUUUAAUGAAUCUAGAAAUGAUAAAGAUCUUCUCUCUAAAGUAAGAGGCUUAUCUAUGUGAGACUAACAGACAGACAGUGUUGGUUCUUUGCCAGGUUCCAGUUUGACUUUCAGAAGAGGAAUGCUUAAAUUGUCUUUAUUCCUCAUUCUCUCUGGUCUAUGUCUGUUUUUCUACUUUAUAAUAAAAACAAAUGUAAAAAGAAA